UCCGCCGUCUGCGCCGAAGAUGGCGGCGGGCAGGCGCGCCCCGAGGACCGGCCUGCUGGACCUGAGAGCGGGGGCCGGCGCCCGCACCGACCCCGGCCCCGGCCCCGGCCCCGAUCCCGACCCCGACCCCGACCCGUGGCUGCGGGUCCUGGUCACCCUGGCCGACGACCUGCUGACCGUGAGCCCCGGCCGGGCCGCCGCCGGCCAGGAGGCGGAGGGGGAGCCGGCCGGGCCCCCCGCCGGGCCCCCCCAGCAGCUGAACGGGGCCCCGCUGCCGGAGGCGCUGGCCACCCAACGGCGCACCGUGCGCAUCGUCAAGCAGGAGGCGGGCGGGCUGGGCAUCAGCAUCAAAGGUGGCCGGGAGAACAAGAUGCCCAUCCUCAUCUCCAAGAUCUUCAAGGGGCUGGCGGCCGACCAGACCGAGGCCCUGUACGUGGGGGACGCCAUCCUGUCCGUGAACGGCGGGGACCUCUCCACAGCCACUCAUGACGAGGCGGUGCAGGCCCUGAAGAGGACGGGCAAGGAGGUGGUCCUGGAAGUCAAGUACAUGAAAGAGAUCUCUCCGUACUUCAAGAACUGCUCCUCUUCCUCCUCCUCCUCUUCCGGAGCCCCCACCGGCUGGGACUCACUGCCAAAGCAGGCCUCCCCCUCCCUCCCCUCCCAAGACCUCAAGGAAGAGAAACACGUUUCCUUAAAGAUGGGUUACGUCUCCAGGAAGUGCACGCCCACCGAUCCGGAGAGCAGAUACCUGGAGGUGCGCUCAGCGGAUGGGCGGGACUCCCUCUUCCUGCGGGCGAAGGACGAGGUGAGCGCCCAGUCCUGGCUGGCCGCCAUCCAAGCCUGCAUCGAUGCCCUGGUGCCCUGGGUCAAGGACGAGCUGCGGGCCCUCCUGGCGGGGGCGGGCGUCGCCGGGAGCAAGGAGAUCAAGCAGAUCGGAUGGCUGACCGAACAGCUCCCCAGCAGCGGGACGAAACCCGUCUUGGUCCUGCUCACGGAGAAGGAGCUUCUGUUCUACCAGACGCUCCCUCAGACUCGGGACGCCCUCAACAAGCCGGCCCAGAGCUACCCCCUCAUCGCCACCAGGCUGGUGCAUUCCGGCCCCUCCAAGGGCUCGGCCCCCUACGACUCGGAGCUGUCCUUCGCCCUGCGCACCGGCACCCAGAAGGGCGUGGGGACGCACCUGUUCAGCGUGGAGUCGCCGCGGGACCUGGCCACGUGGACCCGGAUGCUGGUGGACGGCUGCCAUAGCGCCGCCGAGUUCAUCCAGGAGGUCUCCACAGCCUGCACGUGGAAUGGGAGAGACUGCAGCCUGUCCAUCCACAUCGACAAGGGUUUCACCCUGUUUGGCCUGGAGCCGGGCCCAACCCGGACCGUCCUGCUGCAGCGGCCCUUUGAGAAGCUGCAGAUGUCCUCCGACGACGGGGCCAAGAUGCUGUUCCUGGACUUCGGGGGCGCCGAAGGCGAGAUCCAACUGGACCUGCACUCCUGCCCCAAAACCCUAGUCUUCAUCAUCCACUCAUUCCUGUCGGCCAAGGUCACUCGCCUAGGCCUGCUGGCCUAGAAGCGUGGAGCAGGAGCUGAGGGAGGAAGAGGGAGGAUACGGAGACCCCAGGAGACCUCUGCAUACCCCUCCCCGAACCCCCAACCCCUUGCAAGGGGACGGAGAGGAGCAGAGCAGGGGAAAGCACAGCCCCGGGCAAGGAGCCCACCCAAGCCACUACCUGUCAGGAAGGACUUCACCAACCACUGCCAGGGGAGCCCAGGGCUGGGGCUGACCUAAAAAUGAAGCCAGCCUCCGGCUCCUCUUCCAUCACAUUUCCCUGCCUCCGCCGGACAGCCCGAGGCCCUGGAGAUUCCCAACCCGACCUUCCCCGGACCGCCACCAUAUGAGUGCCUUGCAAAGUCAAUAUUUUUGGUACGAAGAAGCACAUUUUUAUCAGCGUUUCUAUUUAUGCGAACCAGGGGAGGAGCCAGCCUUGGGGGAAAAGAGGUGGUCAGUGAGGAUCCUGCCCCUUCGGUGAGGUACUGUGCAAGACCCAGAGAAGCCCGCUUAGCUCUCCGGGAGGGCGGAGCCUGUUCUGUGUUCGAGCCAGUAAGGACUUGUGAGCCAGGAGCACUGAGAGAGACCGGGCCAAGGCACCCGACCCCGUAGCUCCUUAGAGACGCAUCGUGGACAGCAGCUGGAGCCCGAUGGCUUCGACGGUUUGCUGGGCUCCUUGGGUGACCUCUGCACUUUCCCCUACUUGGGCAGAAACUGGAUCUCUCCGCGACCCCGGAGGAAGGAGCCUUCUCUGUUUUCCAAAUCCACAAUCUGUGCCUGGAAUCCUCUUUCCCCUUCCCCCCGUUUUGAUUCUUUCCCGGUUUUUCUCGCCGUGAAAUAAAGGCAAUGAGCUCUC